AUGGAGGAAUCUCCACAAGACGAGAAACUUGAGGGGAAAUCGUCUCCAGCGGCAUUCUCCGAGACAGAGAACCCGUCUGAAGUUAAGAAAAUACUAUUCAAAACUGAUAUUAGGGUAUUGCCCAUCCUCGCCUUAUUGUUUCUAUGCUCGUUUCUCGAUCGGACGAACGUUGGAAAUGCCAAAAUUGUCGGUCUCGAAUCUGACACCGGUAUUACCGACCAUCAAUAUGAUAUUGGCUUGACGGUUUUCUAUUUGUUUUAUGUGUGCAGUGAAUUACCGAGUAAUCUCGUACUGAAAAAGGCAUCUCCGAGAAUUUGGCUGCCUUUCCUUGCGAUUACAUGGGGGAUAAUUACCAUGUGCCUUGGCUUCAUUAGGGGCUUUGGCUCCUUUGUCGCUGUUCGAGCGUUGCUUGGUAUGGCAGAGGGUGGCUUAUUACCUGGAAUGGUUCUGUAUUUGUCGUCCUUCUAUAAGCGAUCGGAUCUUGCUCUCCGAAUUGGUCUGUUCUACACCGCAGCUUCUCUGUCGGGCGCCUUUGGCGGUUUGCUGGCUAGAGGAUUAAUCGAAAUCGGUCCCCGCGGAGGCCUCAAGGGGUGGAGAUGGAUCUUCAUCAUCGAGGGUUUAUUGACUGUCGUAUGUGGCAUCAUUGCUGCUAUUGGCCUACCAAACAAUCUUGCUACGGCCAGAUUCCUGACUCCUAUCGAACGCGAAAUUGCCUUGGAAAGAAUCCGUCAAGACCGUCCCCAGCACAAUGGUAGCGAUGCCGAACACGAACCCUUCAGAUGGUCUGAAGUAAUUCGCGGUGUCACCGACAUCAAAAUGUGGCUUUCGGCAUCUGCAUAUUUCGCUAUUCUGUCGGGACUGUACUCAUUCGGUCUGUUCUUACCUACCAUUAUCAGGGAUUCUGGCUUCACGACAAAUGCGAAUACAGUGCAGCUGUGGUCUGUCAUUCCGUAUGCAGUAGCUACAGUAUUCACCGUUCUCGUCGCAUUCCUCUCUGACCAUUUCAAACUCCGUGGCACAUUGAUGCUCUUUACACUCCCAUUUGCCAUUAUCGGCUACGCCGUCAUUGCCAACACCUCCAACGCCCAGGUCGGAUACGGAAUGACCUUCCUCAUGUCCACUGGUUUGUAUGCUAGUGUUCCAUGUGUCCUGGUCUGGAACUCGAAUAAUUCCGCUGGCCACUACAAACGCGCAACCACGUCAGCCAUGCAGCUUGCAAUCGCAAAUUGUGGUGGGUUUGUGGCUACAUUCAUUUAUCCCGCGAGAGAUGCGCCUCUUUAUCAUCGAGGACACACUGUAAUUCUCGGUUUGCUGGUUGCUGCUUGGUUUUUGAUCUUGUUCAAUGUCCUCUAUUGCCGUAAAGUCAACAAAGACAAGGCAGACGGAAAGUACGACAAGUACGUUGGAUACAACGAUGACCGCGAUCCGAAAUUCGUAUUUAUUUUAUAA